AUGCCCGUCGACCUCCACCAGAUGCUAGACCAGCUCGAGGAGUGGCUCGAGGCGCAGGUGCCCUCCAACAUUCACGAGCUGCCCGGCAAGAUGCUCGAGACUGUGGAACGGGUGUCAAACGAGAUAAUUGAUUCGCUCAACAUGCAUGGCCCUCCCAGCAUCUCCAUUCCCUUCCCUCCCUUCGGCAAGGACGCAGUGCCCCCUCCCCCUCCUCCCCCUCCACCCGCCCUCGCCAGCCGGGCUUGUGUCCGUGCCGGCGGCUUUGCCAGGUCCCACCCACUCGCCGUCACGGCUAUCGCGGGCAUUGCACUCACAGUAACUGUCGGCAGCGUCGGUCUCUUGACGGGUGCCGGACCGUUUGGAGCAUACGGUAAAGACUUUCGCCUGCGGCGCAAGUUUGGUACCCGCGGUGUCGUAGAGGACGGCAUGCUCAAGGAGGCCAUCGUGAUCCUCGCUCCAUCCCCCACUCCACCUGUUCUUGUCCCGCUGGCCGCUUCGCUGCUCAAGGCGGGCUACGUCGUGGUCGUUGCUGUGCCACACGUCAAGGAGGCCGAGGCACUCGAGCGCCGCCUCUCCGGUCUCGGCGAGAAGGCUGCCCUUCGCGUGCUCAUCUACGACCCAGAGGACAGCGCCACCUUCCCGGCCUUCCACCGCAGCUUGCUGGCCACGCUCACCCUCCGUUUCCCCGCGACGGGCAAGGCAGGCUACGCCACUGGUGGUGACCCGUACAACCCGCAGCCGGCGCACAUUCCGCACAUUCACGCGUUUGUGUCGCUGUACCCACUCAACCCAUCGCCGCCAGCCCAGCCAGGCGCGCUCCCGGCCUUGCCCACGCUCAUUGCACCGGGCGCCACUGGCCACAUGCCGAUGCUGGUGACCCUGUACCCUUCGGCAGCGGUCCUCACCACGCCCGACACGUUUGCGUCGCAGCUCCUCACGAGCAACCACCGCCUUUUGGGCGACAACCUCGAGGCGGCGUCCGGUGCGCGCGUCGUGUCCGUCUUCCUCGGCCAGAUCACCCUCCCAUCGCUGCCAGCCAUCAUCACCGAGAAGCGUACGCUGUCGCGCCGUGAACAGGCCCGCCAGCGGCUGCGUGACAGCGUUUCGUCGCCGACGCAGACCUUGUCGAUCCUCCGCGACUUGGUUUCGUGUGGGUUCAAGGGCAUCUACAACCGCGUCCUGUACCGUCUCGGCAUUGGCGCUCCGGCUCGCGACUAUGGCAUGUUUGAGAACAACAUGCUCUGCAUCCUCAAGUCGUCGUGCGCCCAGCGCACCAGCUACUAUGUCGGCCAGCGCGCGCUGCUCACGCGCUCGCUCGUGAUCGUGCCGCCGAGCGUGCUGCCGCGCGUCCUCUCGGCUCUGCCCCCGCUGGCCGAGACGGGCCCGGCCCCCGCCCCGCCUCCCAAGGCGCUGUCGCCCCAGGCCCGCAGCUCGAGCGCAUCGCACUCGGCCUCGAGCAGCGACCACGAAGGUGGCGAGGACCUCAUGUCCAGUAUCCACACGGCCGGCACCACACAGAGCUCGGCCGACAGCGGUUCCGGCCUCGAGGGAAGCUGGGUCGGCCUGGAUCCCGGACAGUAA